AUGGAAGAUGAUCUCGCCACAAAGGCGUCCGAGACUGUUGACCGUGUAGAAAAAGAGUUGAUUUCGACCUUGAAACACAAAGAGCCUGUGUAUCCACGGUUGGAACAGCAACUUGCCAGACUCCGUACAGCAUGUCAAGAUUGUAUCUUUGCCAGUUUCGAGCUGGCCACCACGCGCAAGGUCGAGUCACGCUUAUGGGACGCACAUUCAAAGGUCAAUAAGACAUUCAGGGUCUUUUUGGCCAGAUUCCGGGAGGGAGAGAGCAAGAAGAAGCAUGUCGAGCGCCGAAAGGCCGAAAAGCUCUAUCUUGAUUUUAUCAAAUCAAGCAUGCGCUUCUAUCGUGGUUACGUGCAGCGGCUGGCUUCUCACUUUGCCGAUAUACCGGAAGUAUUUGAGGUUGCUCGAAAGUUCAACCUUGAUGCCUCAUCAGUUGACUCGUCUCAGCCCGUAGACUUGGCUCUCAAAAGGCAGAUCAUUCGCUCUUGCUACCUGACUUUGAUCCAGCUGGGUGACUUGUCCCGCUACAGAGAGACAGAGCUGCAGACCAAAGAACGCAACUGGGGACCCGCCAAAGGAUAUUAUGAGCUGGCCACCACACUUGACCCUUCUUCUGGCAUGUCUUACAAUCAACUGGCCGUUAUCGCUCUGGCAGACCAGGAUCAUUUACGGGCAGUGUAUUAUCUUUACCGUGCCAUUUCCGCUCCCAAUCCUGCUCCUCAGGCCGAGGGAAACCUAAAGAUUGAGUUUCGUAAGGUCAAGUCCAAAUUGACACAAGGCAAGCCGUUGUCGGAUGUCGCCUCCACUAGCGACGCGAACACCGAUCUCUUACACCGCUUCCUCCUUUUCCAUGCCCGGUGCUUCGAAGCAGGCUUCGUCGAUCAUGGAGAUCUACAAAGCGAGAUCCUCAAUUUGCUCGCAAAUGAACUUCAAGCCAAGCGCUCUGAUAAUCUGCUUCGGAAAUUCUGCUUGAUCAACAUCGCUGCCGAAAAGUAUGCGGCAGACAAGGCCAUAGCUGUCGGGGGCGGUGAUAUACCAUCGGCAGCUGGGUCCUACCAAAUGCUGUUCCAUCUUAACAUCUUGACCUUUACUCGUCUUCUCAAGAUGCUAUUUGAGGAGCUUCAACGACAUGGACCAGUGCGGUCCGAUGUCUUGAGUGUUCUAUGCAAACGUCUUCUGCCUCAUUUAAGGCUUUACAGCGAUUGGUUCCUAACCAACGUCAACUAUCUUCUUGCCAGCAGUUCCUCGCAAACUGAGUUAUCAGAGUUGUGGCAGAUAUAUGCCCAAACAAUCACUCUUCUCAUUCAAAGAUUCGCGGUUCCUACAAUUCCUGACAUAGCUUACCUACUGGAGGAAGAUCAAGAUACCUUAGGAUUUACACCUUUUCAAAAGUCCAUCGGCGAGGAACGAUUUCACGAUUCCGCAAACGACGUUAAGCCAGUGUACUCGGAAUCAACUUUUGGUGAGCGCUCAGUCGAAAAUGAGAUGCUCUAUCGUAUCAAAGGUCUUGUCAAGGACGGUUUGUUUCUCUGCCAAAGAACGGGUCAAUUUGAACCAGAUUCGAAUCUCACGAAUGCGGUUCCUUUAGUCUUUGCUGGGAAGCAGCUGAUUUACACGGGACAGGGUGAUCUGCAAACCUUGUCGUCGAUGGGCUCUUCGAUACACAUCAAUAGUUCGGCGGGAAGCAUCGAUGUCGAUAACCUUGACCGCGUCAGCAGCUCACUCAACGCCUUUUCUCAGCGUCCAGCCCACCCUGACGGUGUUUCAGAAGCUGUUCUGAAGUCGACAAUGGAAAACAUGGUGAUCGACCUUACAGAACGGGAAGAGCCCGCUCAAUUCGAGUUGCAGAGUGAUCUUUCACCCCGAAGUAUGAAGACGCCAUAUGCACAAGGUUUUCCGCGACGAAGCUCGCAGUUGUCUCAUGGGCCAGAUGUUAUGCCAGAACAGACACAUUCCUUCCGACUCUCGACCGGUUCUCUUUCUGGACUUCCGGGCCAGAUUGGUGGACGGCCAAUAAUUCCUCCCGUUACGCAUUCGCCUUUUACGCCCACCGCCGAAGAGUCUGGCUUCUCACCUCGUACAGGCAUCGUGAGGCGUCCUGAUUCACUGGCUUUCCCAGCUCAACUUAAUAGUGCGGUUCAAUUUAAUGCGCAGAUCAAGCAUAUGCAGCAACAAAUUGAGAUCAUGUCUUCGCCCCUUGAGUCUUUCCAGCCAACCAUGUCGAGUCACUAUGGCACCCCGACACAUUUGCCCUCGUGGAGUCGCAUAGAUGAAACCGAUAAGCUUCCACUGUCACCUUGGCAAGAUCUCGGUCAGGUGCAAAGAACAGGUCUUUCAACACGAAGUCCAGAGCCAUCUCCAUUUGGGGCCAUUGGAGAAGCACGACCUAAGAGCAGUCGUGCGCCAACAAGCGGACAGCAUGGAUGA